AGCAGACUUUGGCUAUUUCUUACACUCCUUCAUCCACGUUGUUUUCUGCGAGUCUGAAUACUAUAGCAGCGUGCGCUUUUACAUGCGACCAUCGAUACACGAAAUUAUUUUCAAUUGAGCGACGCAGGAAGCAACCAUGACAGACUACAACAAGCAGACGGUCGCGCAGCUUCGGCAGCUGCUCAAGGAGCGAGGGAUACCAAGUACGGGAUUGCAGAGGAAGGCUCAAAUCGUUGAGAAGCUGGAAGAAGCGGACCAAGCUAGCGCAGAGGCCCAAAAGGCGCCAGAAACUAUCAGCGACAGCAUCGACGCGCCAGACUCCGUGGAGAAAGUAGAGCAAGAAGCGGGUGGACAAGAGGAAGCGAAGGAGCCAGAUGUUCCUGCACCCGCGCUCGCAGAAGCUGGCGAGCCAGAACCGCUCCCAGUUCCUGUCCCGGAGACCGUCUCACAUAUUGAAAGCGACCUAUCCCCACCUGAACAGAUCAUGGCAACCGAACAGCCGACAGAAAACACCACAGCGAAGGAGGAGGCAGGCGCGCUGCAACCCGUCGCAACAUUUAAUGCGCCACCUCUGGAUCCUGAGCAUGUGGUGGGACCAGUCAUGACUGAGUCUACGGACGAGGAAGCUGUCGGUGACAAGAAGGAAGAAACUGCCGGUGGUGGACUACCAGAGGUCCUAGCCCCGGCUGCUGAAGCUCUGCGCUUUGCGCAACAAGUGCCUGCGCAGUCCCAAGAAGAUAUAGACCCUGCAAGCAAAGACAUCACACCAUCGCCGGCGCUGAAUGAGAAGCCCUCAGUAGAGAAGCCGGAGCUACUUCCCAUACCCGAGCGAUCGACUGCCGAGACAUCGAGACUCAACACGGAGGAGUUGGAAGCUGACUCUAAGAAGCGAAAGAGGAGGAGUGUCACACCAGAACUGCCGUCCCAGGAUAUCAGAGCGAAGAAGCACAGGCCGAGUCAGGGAGCUGCACCCGAGGUCGUGCUCAAAGAAGACGAUGAUGUCGUUAUGGAGCAGAGGCAACCCGUUGAGUAUGCCGCAAUGAAAACAGAAGUGAAGGCUGAAGAAUCCAAUGGUGGUUAUGACGCGGAAGCCGAUACGGAAUCGCUAGCAGUGGAGUCCGACAUGAAGCGCGAAAAGAAAGAAAACGUCUCUCGAUACAAAAGUCUUGUCAAACCCACCUCGGGCGAGACACCCAUGGAGGCUAUAACGGACGAUCGGCCAACCGUGCCUGCCCUGCAUCCAGUCACAUCUGCUUUGUACAUUCGCAACUUCAUGCGUCCUCUGCGUCCCGAGCCACUUCGUGCCCAUCUCGUAUCUCUUGCGUCACCACCCUCCAGCUCACCCGACUCGGCCAUUGUCAAGUCGCUAUUUCUCGACGCGAUGAAGACCCACGCCCUAGUUUCUUUCACCACCACGACCGCAGCAUCUAGGGUACGAGCAUCAUUACAUGGCUCGAUCUGGCCCCCAGAGGGCAAUAGGAAAGAACUUUGGGUCGACUUUGUCCCUGAGGAUCAAGUAGACGACUGGAUCAAAAAAGAAGAAGAUGCAAUAGUGGCCGAGAAAGAGGCUAGAGCUAGCGGUACCUCAAUACAGCCAAAGCGCUUUGAAGUGAUUUACCCAGAGUCUGGCGAUGGCAUCAUAUCUGCUGUCUUCCAGGAAGUCGGAUCUAGCGCUCCCUCUAACGCGCCACGAGGUCCCCGUGCCAGCGUUGACAUGCAUCGUCUCUCCACACAGCAGCCACCCACACCUGCUGCUCCAUUUGCAGAUUCAAGACAAGAUAUUGAAGCGUCCUUCAAAACCCUCGACGAACUCUUUCGUUCCACAGAAGCGAAGCCACAGCUCUUUUACCUCCCCGUAUCGGACGAAAUAUCAGCUGCAAGGCUGAAGGAGCUAGACAAUGAGACGAGUAGAGACUGGGCUCCCGGUGAAAUUAGGAAAGGGCGAGGCAUCAAGACGGAGAUGAAGUAUAAGUAUAGCUUCGAUGGGGAGGAUAGGAUCGUGGAAGUUGGUGAGGACAGGGGGCCAUGGAGUGAGGGGUAUGGAGGGGGAAGAGGCGGGUUCAGAGGGAGAGGGAGAGGAGGUGGGGGUUAUAGAGGAAGAGGAGGCGAUGGCUGGAGAGGAUGAUCGUAUCGCUUGAUUCCCAAUCUUGGAUUUAAGAGGAGGCUUUCCCUUCACACUUGUAUGCUUAAGAUCAUUGCUCCAGGAGGGUAAAAGCACGGCAUUGUCCUUGGAAGGAUACCUGUAUGAAUACUUCGAGGCUUCUAGUACACUUUAAAUACUAUAAUCAGGCCAUUCACUUGAUGGUGAACGUUUUGAUUCCGAGCA